AUGGGACAGACUACAGCCAGAUCACACAGAAGAUCCCAGGAUCAUUAUACGUACGAUUUCCAUGAUGCAAGCCACCCAGAGGAGCUGCUGGCUACACUGAGAGGCUUUUACUCUGAAGGCCUGUUCACAGACAUUGCCCUGCAGUGCUCCUCUGGCCAGGUCUUACACUGCCACAAGGUGGCACUCUGUGCACGAAGCUCUUACUUCAGGGUCAUGUUCACUGCUGACAUGAGGGAGAGGACCAAUAGCCUUGUCAGGCUACCGGUGGUGGAGUUUGAAGUUUUAUCAGCCUUGGUAGACUACAUCUACACCUCCAAACUCACCAUAACCCAGCUGAGCGUGGAGAGCUUGCUGAAAGCCGCUGACCUGUUCCAGUUUGGAGCAGUGAAGAGGGCCUGCGAGGCCUUUUUGGUGCGCCUGCUGGAUGUAGACAACUGCCUUGGCAUGCUGGCAUUUUCCCAGCUCCACGCAUGCCUUACCCUGGAGAAAGAAGCCUGCAGGCUGCUAGCCGGCAGGUUUCAGGAGGUGAUCAAAGAAGAGGAGUUUCUUAAACUGGAUCCUGACAGCCUGAGGGCUGUCCUAGCCGAGGAGAAACCACAAGUGGUGGCAGAGGCAGUGGGCAGGUGGCUGUGUCAUGACCCUCUCAUCCGAACAAAACAUCUCUCCUCCUUGCCACUGGACAUUAACUCAACAAGCCUUAAUGAUGUCUUGCUGAAAAGCCGUGGUUAUUAUGAGCUAAACAACUUCGACAGCCUCCUUCCUGUAUUCACCUUAACGCCAAUGUUCAAACAGCCCUCCAUGAAGUUCAAUAGGAUGAAAUCCAGCUCCAAGAUCAUUGUAACUGGGGGUUACCAUUGGCACCCUUUGUCCGAGGUUCAGUGCUUGGACCUGUUGAGUGGGAAGUGGGUACAGGGUGAAGACAUGCCAGAUCACUCCAAGGAGAGCUAUGCAGUCGCUUUGCUGGGCUGUACCGUUUAUGUGAGCGGGGGGUACAGGACCAACACCACUAAGGUGUUGGACACAGUCUGGGAGUACAACUGCGAUUAUGACUGUUGGACUGAAGGACAGCCCAUGUUGACUGCCAGAUACUACCACUGCUCUGUGGCCUGCUGUGGCUGUGUGUAUGUUUUGGGAGGCUACAGAGGAGAUGCAGCAAUGCCAAGGACUGAACUGUUUGAUCCACUAAAGAGGAGAUGGAUGGCUGCAGCUGAUAUGGUCCAAGGUGUAGGGAAUGCCUCUGCAACUGUGUUGGGAAACACCAUCUAUGUAGCGGGUGGUAAUUAUGGCAUCAAGAGCAGCUGUAGCUACAACAAGAUCCAGAGUUACAAAGUGGACAUAGGCCAAUGGAGUAUCCUAACCACCUGCCCCCAUCCAGAGUAUGGAAUGGGCCUGGUGUCUCUGAACAGCAGCCUGUACCUGGUAGGGGGCCAAACUACUCUGGCUGAACGCUUUGACCCAGACACAGAGGAAUGGAUCCCGAUUGCCAGAACAAAGCAGAGGAGGAUAGAGUGCGGGGCGGUGGCCACGCUGGGUUGUGUGUACGUCACUGGGGGCUAUUCUUGCUCUAAAGGGACUUACCUGCACAGCAUGGAGAAGUAUGACCCUCACACAGAUACAUGGGACAUAGUCGGAGAUCUGCCCGAAGCAGCACGUUUGCAUGGCUGCAUCUGUGUUUAUCAUGGGACAUAGUGUCGAAGGGCAGAGGCAACCCAAAGAUACUUCAUCACCUCAUUUUGGAACAAUUAUAGUGCCAAGUGGGUGAACUUGUUUAAUAGCUCCCAGUCAGGCAGUGAUGUAACAGCUGGUUUAAGUUUUGUUUUAGUAUAUGUGGUUCUCCCAGGGUCUACCCUGAACUGCCUCAUCCAAACCAGCAGAAAAACUGGAAAACAAACUAGAAGGAGAACAUUUACUGUCAGUGUACAUUUCAUUAUCUCUGCGGUUAAAGAAGGGCCUGUGUCCAAAUAUAACAAAAUCUAUUGACA